AACCCAUUCGCAAUAUUGUUUCAUUCGCAAUGCUGCUAACACGUGUUAUGAUGCUUAAACACGCGGUCCGGCCGAAACCGCGCUUCCAUACAUCCCACUCGGUGCGGGCGGUCCAUUACCGCUAUCAGGGUGUCGUCACCCAGCGUUUCUUCUCCUUCACAUCGCUCCCGAAGUUCCUUUUCCGUGUCACCAAGAUUCCGGCCGCAGUCGGCGGGUCACUAGCUGCUGGCGGGACUUAUGUUGCUUACAAAGUCGAGCAGGCCUCCACGUACACCCAAGACAAACUCGCGUCUGCGCGGGACCUCUUGGACGGUGUGAUUGACUCCACAAGCGACUUCUUCCGAGGCUUCAGGACAAGCAGUGAUGCUGAAUCCUCAGAGACCCCGUCAGAUGACGCGGGUGCUGUCGUGGGCGUUGCUGCUGCUGUGGGCCUUACGGCAGAAGAAGAAGAAGAGGAGGAAGAGGAUGAUGACGAGACGGACAGCGAGAUGCUCACGCUCACACGGCUGAUGAUCGAAAUCAGACAGAUCUUGCAGACGGUGGACCAGUCAGACACGCUCAAGCUUCCAUCCAUUGUGGUAGUGGGAUCGCAGUCUAGCGGGAAGUCGUCGGUGUUGGAGUCAAUUGUGGGGAAGCACUUCCUCCCAAAGGGAUCCAAUAUGGUCACGCGACGCCCAAUUGAGCUUACUCUCAUCAAUACUCCUGAUUCGGCGGCGGAAGUGGCGGACUUUCCGGCGCUCCGUAUGAACAACAUCACAGAUUUUGACCAGGUGCGGAAACUUUUGUUUGACAUGAACAUGGCGGUGCCGGUGUCGGAAGCCAUUCUGAAUGACCCCAUCCAACUCACAAUCCGCUCACCGCACGUACCGGAUCUCACCCUUGUGGAUCUCCCGGGGUAUAUCCAGGUGGAGGCCGCAGACCAACCAACCGCGCUCAAACAGAAAAUUCGCGAGGUAUGUGACAAGUACCUCCAGGCUCCAAAUAUUAUUUUGGCAAUCAGUGCUGCGGACGUGGAUUUGGCAAAUUCUUCUGCGCUCAAGGCAUCUAAAGAUGCAGACCCACGCGGUGAGCGCACCAUUGGGGUCAUCACUAAGCUCGACUUGAUUGAUCCGGAGCAGGGUAGGGAUAUGUUGCUUAACAAGAAGUACCCGUUGAAGAUGGGCUACGUCGGAGUAGUAACGAAACCGCCUACGAGCACGUCGCUCUUCCGCCGUGGCGUGGCCUCGUUGGACUCGCAGAUCAACAGCGAAGCACAGUAUUUUAAAGCACACAAAGAGGUAUAUCAAGGCACACACCUGACUACCGUCGGAGUACGCAGCUUGAAGCGCAAAUUGAUGAAGGUGUUGGAGAAACUGAUGGCCAUGUCGUUGCGGCCGACCCACUACGCUAUCCAACAGGAGUUGGAGGAGGCAGCCUACACAUUCAAGGUGGAGUUCAACGACAGACAGUUAACUCCCGGAACAUACCUUGCCAACAACAUAGACGCGUUGAAGCUGUCGGUGAAGGAGUUCAGUCAGAGUUUCGGGCGUAACGAGCUUCGUUCGUUGUUGAAGAACCAGUUGGAUCAGAAGGUGUUGAACUUACUCGCAGAGCGCUACUGGAACAAACCGUUUGAGGUGAAGCAUGAGCUCUCUGUAGAGCCAGACUUGAGCGAUUUGCCGCGUGCGCAGGAUGAAGGCUACUGGCACCGCAAGUUGGACCUCGCGACGUCUAGCUUGACCACCUCUGGCGUCGGCAGACUCUCCACCACCCUCAUCAGCAACGCGCUCUUAACGGAAAUCGACAACUUAGUCAACAACACCGACUUACGCAACCAUCCGCUGGCGCAGAAACAGGUGCGUGAGGCCGCCACAGCGGUGCUUGGUGCGCGUUUUUACCUGACAGCGGACCAAGUCGAGAACUGCAUCAAACCGUACAAGUACGAGAUCGAGCUCGAAGACCGCGAGUGGAGCUCGUCUCGCGACCACGCGUUGGUACUUUUGAAGGAAGAAAUGCGGCAGUGUCUGGAGGCGUCUGCCCACAUGAAGAAGGUUAUUGGCGGCCGCAAGCUCACGCAGGUGAUCACCUACUUGGAGCAGAAGGAAGCUCCGGAUAGUACUGAGGCACUCGGGUUUUCGCCCACGUUGUUAGCAAAGGGUCGUGAAGCCAUCUUCUUGCGCGAUCGUGCCAACCUACUCAAGAUGCGUCACUAUGCGCUCAAGUCAUCCACGUGUAAGUUCAAGGAGAACAAGUACAAGUGCCCAGAAAUCUUCUUGGAUGCAGUGUCGCAGAAGUUGAGCUCAACGGCGAUUUUGUUCUUGAACGUGGAGUUGUUGUCUGACUUCUACUACAACUUUCCCCGCGAGUUGGACUACCGCUUCUUCACGAACAUGACUCCUGAGCAGAUCGAGGUGUUUGCUAAAGAGGACCCGAAGAUUAAGCGCCACGUAGAAUUACAGCAACGCAAGGAAUUGUUGGAGGAGGCAUUGCAGAAAAUCGAGAGCGUGAUUGCCUUACAGAGGACCAAGAUUAACUCGUUGACUGGUGGGGUUGAGCCCGCCAGAAAGGGCGUUUUUGGGGCCGGUUGGCGAUAAGUAGAUGUACUCGAGAUCAC